AUGGCUAAUCUUGUUGCUUCAGCAACAUCUCUCAUCUUGGAGGAGGAAAGACAGGAAUUGUUCUACUGCCCUGCAAAUAAUCAUUCUACUGCCCCCGCAAAUAAUCAUUCUACUGCCCCCGCAAAUAAUCAUUCUACUGCCCCCGCAAAUAAUCAUUCUACUGCCCCUGUUAUUAAUGUUGAUGACACAGAUUGA